AUGGAGUAUGCUGCAAUUAUAUCUCCCUUGUUGAAGGCACUGAUUGACAUAACUCGAAAACGGCUUAGUAAUCUGAGUAAAAACUUGGAUUACGUUAAACAUUCUGCUGAGGAAGUGCCCGUGCUAAGAGCCCUUGUCAGUAAAGCAGUUGCCCUGCUUUAUAACAGGGAUCACAUCUUGCAGUUACAAGUUGACAACUUUGAUGUGCAAGAGCAGGUGUAUAUCAUCACCAGCAUCUGCUAUGAUGCAGAAGAUGCAGUCCAUGAGAUGGAAUUCGAGAGCAUGAUGAGCGCAUUGGAACCCGUUACUUGCAGAAGUGGUGCGGGGAUAUCUGUAAGACGCAAUCAUAAUAGGAUCAGGGAUCUUACAAAGAAACUAGAAGAUGCAGUGCAGAACUUGCAGAGCCACCUUCAGUCAGUCCAACCUCAAUUACCGGGGCAUGAGAAUAAUAUUCCUAUCGAUUGGUUUCUGCCUCCUAGUCCUGAUUUGCUUGUUGGAAGGAACGAGGAAAUUGAGGGCCUUGUUACGGAAUUGACAUCCCCUGAGAGGCAAUCUCUUGGUGUUACAAUAACCGGAAUGAAUGGGAUUGGAAAGACGGCACUUGCACAUAAGAUUCAGAAUCAUGCUAUAAUCAUGGCUAGAUAUCCUCUUAGACUUUGGGUUUCUCUUUCAGGCCCUUUUAACCCACAAGAAGUGCUCGAGGAAUUGGUAAAAGAUUACAUAAUAAAAUAUAAACGUCAGCUAGAUCAUGACCUUGUGCGUCACAAAAUCACUAAAAUCCUCCAGAAUAACAAGUGGUUGAUAGUUUUGGAUAACUUGUUAAAUGUGACGUCUAAGGAAGUUUGGUCUCAUUUCUGGUCUAUGAUUCAUAAUUUUCCUCAACAUGGAAAACUUAUCAUUACCACUGUCAAUCGUGAUGUUGCUCUUGCUACUAAGACUACUAGUCAUCGGAUGAAGUCUGUGCCAAACCUCGUUUGUGAACUACUGAUCACAAGGAUGCUCAAUAAAUCACGUGAUGUUGAGUAUGUUAGCACACUCGCUCAAAUGUGCCAUGGCUUCCCAAGGGUUGCCAUCAUCCUCGCCAAUCACUUCAAUAAUGAUAUAAUAGACAACCAAGAAGAUCAAGGGGGUACGUUGUUGAAUAGGGACCUGUGGGAAAUCCAAGAUUUCAAGAGAUUUUUUGUAAUAGCUCUUGCGACAAGUUACUCUAUGUUGGAACCACACUAUGUAAAGAUGUGCUUCUCCUAUUUCUCCCUCUUCCCUCCCGGCUAUCAUUUCAAAAGGGAGGACUUAAUCCACUUAUGGAUUGGAGAAAGGCUCCUACGAUGUCAAAGCAGAUCAAGCUUGGAGAACAUUGGGAUGGACUAUUUUCACACCCUUUGGAAAUGGUCUGUCAUUCAAGUGUCAGAAGACUCCAAUGAGCAGAAAACAUAUGAAAUUCACAAAUUUACUCACAUGUUUUCUGAACUUAUUGCUUCAAAAACAUGCCUCCGCUUGGAUGAAGAUGUGGAAACACGUCCUUGGGACAUUAGUAUUCGUCAUUUAUCCUUGGUGUGUCGAAAGCUACAACGUAGCACUUGGAACAACAUUCUAACUCUCAAGGGGCUGAGAACAUUUCUCCCACUAUGUCCUAUAAACAUCGGUAAAAGCAAUCUACAGCAUAUAUUGAAGAAUUUAGUUUACAUUCGAGUUCUUUCCCUCAGUGAAAGUGAUGUUGCUAUUCUUCCAGAGUGCAUAAAGAUGUUAAAGCUCCUUCGAUACCUUGACAUAUCAAAAACUCAAAUAGUAAGUUUGCCAAAUUCAGCAAGCCAACUUUACAACCUACAAAUUCUGAAGUUGAAAGGCUGUCCAAAGUUGAAAUCAUUACCCAAGGAUUUCAACAAAUUGCUUAGCUUACGACACAUAGAUUGGGAGAUAGCUGAUUUGAGACGUUUGACAUCAAUGCCAUCAGGCAUUGGCAAGCUCACUUGUCUUCAAACACUUCCUUUAUUUACAAUUGGUAAGACAGAAGGACAUACAAUCAGAGAGCUCAAGGAUAUGAAUCGUCUAAAAGGCUCGAUUUACAUCAAAAAUCUUGAAAAUAUCAAGGAUGAGAAAGAGGCGGCAGCAGCAGAGUUAUCUUGUAAGACUUCUAUUGAAAGGUUGGAGCUCGAGGUAAGUAAGGACAGGAUUGUUGGUCGAGAUGUUUUCAGGUCCCUCGAACCUCCCAACUCUGUCAAAAAGUUGCACAUAACAAAUUAUAGUGACCCUAUGUUUCCAGAAUGGCUAAGCCAUUUACAUAAGCUGGAAGAUCUUUACAUACAAGGGUGGCAUUGCAGCCGACUGUCAUCUAGUAGCAUUCGAUUCCCUCAGUCGCUACAAACACUGACAUUGAAAGACACAACAUUACCAAGGUUUCUUUGUUGCCGGGCACUGGAUGGAGUUGAUGCCACUGAUACACCCCACCUUCACCGUCUUGUCAUCAAGGAAUGUCCGAAUCAGACCAGCUUGCCUUCUCUUGAGCAUCUGACAUCAUUGACAGAUUUGCAAAUCAGUGAAUGUGACACACUUGGAGUGUUACCAGAGCUACCACCAUCACUCAACAAACUUACCAUCACUAAUUGUGCUUUUCUGAAGGAACGUUGUCAGCGAGGCGCUAGUGAGUGGCCAAAGAUAAGGCGCAUUCCAACUUUGGUGAUUGAUGGUAACUGCAUCAUAACAUCUUAUGACACUUUCAUGGGAAUUACUGAAGAGAGUCCAGGAUACAAAUCACUUUGGACAAGGGUCAACCAACUUUUCAGGGCAGCUUAA